AUGGCCAAAAAGCGACGGUGCAAACCACGCAAGGGAACACCAGCACGCCACAACCAAUCUCAGACGAGCACCAUGUCCUCGGAGGACUCGUACGCUGUACAGAGCGGCCGACAAUCUAGUGACGGAACACCAAGUGAGCAUGCGAACAGCGACGGAAAUAAUACAGCCAUGACCAGCAUCGUGGGAACAGACGAGGAGCCUCACCCUCACAAUGACUCUGACCUUGACGAAGAUGUCGACGAAGACGACAUGAUAUCCAUAUACCCUGCCUCACAAUACCCUGGAGUUUCUGCAGCCCAUCAGGUUGAGACUCCAUUCUCUCCGGACUCACAUGCGGCAGACUCAGAUAUGGCUGCAUCAACAAGAUCAUUAUGGGCCCAAGACCUCGACUAUAGAGAAAUUCACGGCCGACGUUAUUGUCGUGAAUAUUACAUGCCAAACGACGACAUCGAACAAUGGCGAAUGGCUAUACAGCACCAAGUGUUUAUGCACGUCCUCGACGGCGGGCUCACCCUUGCUCCGCUUCAGAACCCCGACCAUAUUCUCGAUGUCGGUACAGGUACGGGCGAAUGGGCGAUCAAGAUGGCCGAGCUGCAACCGCAAUGCGAGGUUGUGGGAACCGACAUUGCUGCGAUAGCAGAGACCAAGAGCGUGCCCAUGAAUGUCUUUUUCGAAAUCGAGGACGCAGAAGAUUGGGAUCGCCACCCUGAUACGUACGACUUAAUUCACUUCCGGCUUAUGGAGGGCGCAUUCCGAAAUUGGAGCUUCGUGUACGACAACACUUACUUCUCCCUGAAACCCGGUGGUUGGAUCGAGGUGCAAGAUUUUGUCAGCGCCGAAGGUUUCAUCCAGUUUUUAUCUCAAUUUUCAGAUAACUCCCCCAUGCAUGAACUUCUUAGGGAUCUCGAAAUAGCAUCCGAGAAGUCGGGACGUCCACGAGGCAUAUAUCAUCUCGAGCCACGAUUACUCAUGGAUGCAGGGUUCGUUGACGUGCGAGUAACAGAAUACUCCAUUCCUAUUACAAUCGCCGAGGCGUCUGCGGGCAAAAUUUGGCUCAUCUCUUGUCUGGACGGCCUAGAAGCUCAUUGCUUGCGACUCUUGACAGAAUAUAUGGACUGGGACCCUGAAAAGUGCAAGCAGGCCUGUGAAGCGGCCGCGCGAGACUUGGCAAACGCUGCUAAAGAUCCCAUAAAAUCAAAGGGUCUCCAAAUCAAGAUGCGUAUCAUUAUUGGCAGAAAGCCCCUCGAUGCACCCCGUACCGACCUGGCGGACCUCCUUGGGAGAUGCCACUCACCAGCUACAGAGCUCAACGGCGACAGCUCUAACCCUACGCUUCAUGCGGAUGACCAUAUGACCGCGGGGCCGAUCUAG